AUGGCUCGAAUAGAUAGUGACGAAAAUAUUCUUAAAAGAGACAUUGCAAUACGUAGACGUGAUGAACGUAACUUACUACCAGCUGCUAUAACUGAUCGAACAAGACUGUGCAUUAAUUGUAAUCAGUCUAUUCGACUAGAAAUAGAAGCAAUUGAAAUUGAUCCUAGAUGUAACAGACUUAACGUUUUAACUCGAAACCACUAUCGAACUUGUCUGCUUUGCAAUACUGAUGUUAAUCUUCAUAGAAAGUCUAUUGAAAGCCGUGUUAAUAUUUUUGUAAAUGUGAAUAUUUACGUUCCGGGUGACGUAAGAAUUUGUAAUCUACAUAUAGAUGAAAAUGGAUUUGUAUUCCGAGCUUUGCAAGAUGGGCUGCAAUUCAUUAACAGACCAUACAUUAUAGAUGGUCAGGAAUUACAAAUUGUUCUGCAAUUGUUGCGUGGUUUAGUUGUAGAUAAAAAACAAUUUGUUGACGUUGAUUCUAUUAGCGAUGAAGAGUUUACAUCUUUAUCACCUAUAAGUAAAGUACAAUUCAAUGAAUUAUAUGAGUUUUGUAGACCAGUACCUCGUAAUGAUCGAGGUUUUAGACAUGUCUCCAAACGAGAUCUUUUAAUGUUUUUGUGUAAGAUGAAGGAGGGUCUAGCAGACGAUUUUCUAAAAGUUAUUUUCGCAUACUCAAGCAGACAAGCUGCAAGUUUGACUGUGGAUACUGUUAGAAAAUCGUUGAUGCAGAUUUUUGUUCCACAAAACAUAGGGUUUGAUGCAAUUACGCCACACCAGUAUGUGGCAGAGCACGUUACAGAAUUUGCAAACGCACUAUAUAAUCCAAACCCAGAAAUUCCAAGAGUAAUCGAAUGCAUGGAUGGUACCUACAGCUACAUUCAUAAAAUAUGGGGACCUGACUGUAGUAACUUUCGAGCUUUACGACAAUCAUUUUGCCUUCACAAAAGUUCCCAUUUACUGAAGCCAGUUUUAAUUGUAGCACCAGAUGGUUACAUUUUGGCAAUUCAAGGUCCAUACUUCUCUGACAGCAGAAACAAUGACGCCUCCAUACUGCGUAACGAGUUUGACAGAGACAAUGACCGAAUGAGUGAAUGGUUUCAGGAAGGUUCUAUUAUGAUUGUGGACAGAGGCUACCGCGAUGCGACAGAGAUGCUUACGAACCGUGGAAUUAUCUGGAAAAUGCCUGCACUCCUUCGGCCACCACAGCGUCAGUUAACAACUGAUGAAGCAAACCAAUCACGACUGAUAACAAAGAGCCGAUGGAUUGUAGAAAUGCGAAAUGGACAUCUUAAAACUAUGUUCAAGUUUUUAGGAAACAUAAUAUUACAUCCGCAUAUUCACAAUCUUAAUGAAUUCUACCAAAUAGCAGGUGCAAUUAUUAAUCGAUUCCAUCCGACAAUCCAUAUAGAAGGAGCAAACGCAGAAUUGGCAGCGCGAAUGCUAAGAAGAGCUCAAGAAGUGAACGUUGUGCAGCAACUUGUAGAAGUUGAAAUGCUUCAUACAAGGAAUGCACGUCGCUGGAUUGCACUAAAUGCAGCAUUACUGCCUGACUUUCCAGAAUUAACCAUUCAGUACUUAAAGGACUUGACUUUUGGCGUCUAUCAAGUAAGAUUGGCACCAUCAUACGUUCAAGACAAAAUCCAGCGUCAAAAUGAGGAAGAAAUAUUUGUAGAAGUACAAAAUCCACAAAAUGAAAGAGCUAUUCCUGGUCUAUUAAGAAUGAAAAAAGGCUCUAGAUUUAGAAACAUAACAUUACAUCAGUUAUGGAUAGCAUACAAACCUGUGGAAGAACAGCAUAGAGAUGAUGCAGAAGUAAAUGAAGAAGGUCCUAUUAUUGGUUACUAUUGCACAUGUAAAAGUGAUGCUCGUACACUUGGUACAUGUGCACACGUAGCAAGUGUUCUUUGGUUCUUAGGAUAUGCCCGAAAUGAACAAAACGUUCAUUAUCCAUCAUCUAGAAUAUUUGAGACAAUAAUGGACGCAGGAAAUAGGCCUCCACCAGUAAAUCCAAUCAAUUUCAUUGAACGAAUGGAAGAUUCCGAUUAA